AUGGAAGAGGAUAUUCCCCAGUUGGUGGUAGAUCUACCGAAGAAUGGAGUAAUUGAAACGGAAAAAGUAACGACAGAGCCCAUAUCAAAGAUAAACCUGACGACAGUUUCGUCAACUAAAAAGAUUCCCAUAACGAUAGUCACUGGCUAUCUUGGAUCAGGCAAAUCCACCUUACUUCAAAAAAUCGGCGAAAAGUCAAACAAGAGAUUGGCUAUUAUAUUGAAUGAGUUUGGAGACUCAUCAGUGAUUGAAAAGUCGGUUACUAUACAAGACCAAAGCGAGAGUGUUCAGGAAUGGCUUGACAUUGGUAACGGUUGUUUAUGCUGUACAGUAAAAGAUAAUGGUGUUACAGCUAUUGAAAACUUGGUGGAACACUCAAGAGACAAGAUUGAUUACAUCUUGUUAGAAACGACAGGUGUUGCUGAUCCUGCACCCAUUGCCAAGAUGUUCUGGCUUGAUGAAGGGCUAGCUUCGAAUAUAUAUAUCGAUGGCGUUAUAACUGUCGUUGAUUCGGAAAACAUCCUUACAUGCUUGAACGAUGUAGGUGGACACUGGCAUAAGGCACACGAUUUGGAACAGCUAGAAGAGGGUGUCACAACAGCACAUCUACAGGUUGCAUUGGCCGAUGUGAUUUUACUAAAUAAAUCCGACAAGGUUGAUGAUACAACGGAGAUUAUAUCCCGGUUAAAAAGUAUAAACCAGACGGCGCCAAUUUACCCCACGAGUUUUGGCGAUAUCGAUCUUGACAAAAUUUUGGACUUGCAUGCAUUUGAAGCAAAUGCUAGACUAUCAGCCUCCAGUGCUUCGUUCCACGAUGGGAGAAUAACGACAAUCGCAAUAGAUUUCCCCUUUUUCAAAGAUGAAAGUGGAUUCGACAAAAUUGAGAAAUUUCUUCAAUAUAUCCUAUGGGAGAACAAAGUCAAUGCGAAAAUGGUGGAGGUGCAUCGUUUAAAGGGAGUGUUGGUUCAUGAAGAUGAUGUCAGAGUCGUUCAAGGAGUGAGAGAGACCUAUGAGAUUAUUGAACAUGGAAAGCUAUUAGAUGAAAUAAAACAAAACAAGCUAGUCUUUAUUGGUAAAGAUUUAAACUACGACGAUUUAAUGAUAGAGUUAAAUAGUCUACCCACAAUGAGUGAAGCUAAACCCGAUCCACCACAGCCGGAUGUCAAACCAGAGGUCAAGCCAGCUCCACCCAAAAAGAAAGGGUUCUCCAAUCCGGCAUUACGUAUGAUGGGAAUCCCCCGAAUUUCGCUUCCAUCACGUAACUGGCUCAUCUUUUGGUCAGUUCUUGUUGGAAUCGGUUCUUCAAUAGCGUACGACAAAUAUGAACAGAAACAGAUACGUAAGAAAUGGAUGGCUAGUGUCUCUCAAUUGGGAGAAGAAGUGUACACUAAUGAUAGAAUACCCCGGAAAUUGACAAUCUAUAUUGCCCCACCGCCAAACGAUUUUCUUGAUGAGUCGUUGAGAAUUUUCCGCAAGUUUAUCAAACCGGUUUUGAAUGCAGGAUCUGUCGAUUUUGAAAUCUUUAGUGAGAGCAGACAGGGCGAUAUUCGAUCUAGUGUGGCACAGAAGAUCAGAGAUUUGAGAAUGAAGGAAGCAGAGAAAGCAAAACCACAAACUGACGAAACUAAAACCAAGAAUUCAGACGAGGAGGUGGAAUAUGUUAAACGGACAGACUUGUACAAACCAGGUGAUGUGCUUGGGUUGUACAAAAUUUUCCCACAAAAGAUUGACGUUGUCUCUGACGACACCAACAAGGAAGUUGCCGGUGGUAUUGUAUGCAUUGGAAGAGGUGCUUUCAAAGAAUAUAUUAGUGGAGUACACGAAGGUUUGCUUGGCCCAUUGCAAAAACCACAAGCAGUUGCCGACGAAGAGGCCCGUAGAGCUGAAGCAAAAGCUAAGGACAAAGAGGAAAACCCUAGCAAGUACAGUGACGAAGAUGACGAAGAUAAUGACAAUUUGAAACCAGUACCGAUGAAGUUUAUAAACUCUGCCGAUUAUGCUAAUGCACCACUUGCGCCUGAACUCAAUAUGGAUACCGUGCUUAAAGACGAUAAGGGCAUUCCUUUAUUCUUUGAACAGCCUGUCUAUGUAUACCCGGUGCCCACCAUCCAGGGGUUCAAAAAUGUACCUCGCAAAAUAUAUCGAUUCUUGACAAAGAGGCUAUUUGCUGAUGACUAUGGAGAAAGAACUAUACAUGUUGUGAAUAAAGACACGAGACCUUUCAAAGAAAAGGAUAUUUUGAUGGCCAAAGAGGAGGAAGUUGACUGGCCACCAAAUUGGGUCAAAACGGGUACUGAAAAGGGAUCUGAAUGGGUCCAAGAGUUGGCAUUUGAUGAUAGAGUUAUUUCAAGAAUGAGAGUUUUUGAUGACAAAAAGCAGUAG